AUGGCUGUAAAGCUCUCGUCCUUGACAUGUUACAAGAAAAUCCCCAAGUGGGUUCGUUUACGAGCCAAUGUUUCUUCAAUGUCAUGUGCAAAUAACAUCCAAAUAAUCCCAGAAAAUGAUCAGAACCCCUCAAAUAUCUCUGAAUUUGAAGCAAAUAUUCAAUUUUUGAAGAAUCAGCUUUACCCAGAUAGCUUAAUUCGGGUUUUGGAUUCCACACAUGAUUUAAAUUCUUCACUGAAACUGUUCAAAUGGGUUUCCCUCCAAAAACAGUUUCGGCACACUGUGGAUACCUAUUCCCAAAUGAUUUUGAAGUUGGGUUUGGCGGGAAAUGUUGAGGCAAUGGAGGGUUUUUGCAAUGAGAUGGUGAAGGAGAGGUGUCCGCGUGCGGAUGAAGCAUUUGUGGCAUUGAUUGAUUUGUUUGUUAAGCACGGUAGGCUCAGCGAAGCUUUACGUGUUCUUGUGACCAUGAAUUUGGGUGGUUAUAAGCCUUCGAUUGGUGUAUUUAAUUUUUUGCUGGGUGCACUAGUUGAGGGGAAGAGAGAUUUUCAAGAUGUCUUGUGUGUUUACAAGGAAAUGGUGAAAGCGGGUAUUGUUCCCACCACUGAUACGUUGAACUAUCUGUUGGAUGCUCUGUUUGAGGCUGAUCGAGUGGCUACUGCUUUGGAUCAGUAUAGAAGAAUGAACAACAAACGGUGUAGUCCUAAUAGCAGGACUUUUGAGAUACUCAUAAGUAGGCUUGUUGAAAGAAACCGAGUGGAUGAAUCAAUUGUUGUUUUAGAUGAGAUGUUUGAACUUAAGCUUGAACCAAGUGUGAGUUUUUAUAGCAGUGUUGUACCUAUAUUCUGUAGGUUGAAUAAACUAGAGGUGGGAACCAGGCUAUUUAAAAUGAUGAAAGAUUCUAAACUUUCCCCAGAUUCUCAACUUUAUGAGGUUUUGAUACGGUGUUUGUGUGAGAACCUUCACUUGUAUGAUGCAAUAAACCUUAUUGAAGAGAUGAUAAAUAGUGGUUUAACACCAGCUGAUAAUAUCUUGGUACAUAUAAUUAAUGGGUUUUGCAGAUCAGGAAAAUUUGAUGAGGCUACAAAGUUUUUGGAAGAUAAACAUGUUUUGGGUAGUCAUCCUCACAAUGCGUUGCUUGGAGGUUAUUGUAAUGCUGGAAACUUCCUCGAAGCAGAAGUUUUAUUUGCUAACAUGUUAGAGAGGGAAAUAGCUGAUACUAAUUCUUGGAACAUUCUCAUCAGAUGGCUUUCUGAGAAUAUGAGGAUUAAUAAAGCUUUGAAAUUUUUAUGUAGAAUGAUUGUUUCUUCAUAUGUCCCUGACUCUGCCACAUAUUCGGCCCUUCUUGUUGGUAAAUGUAGACUUACCAAAUAUGAGGAUGCACUAGAACUAUUUUAUGAGGUUCGUGCCAAAUCAUGGGUUUUGGAUUCCACCUCUUAUGCUGAGCUAGUUGAAUGUCUGUGUCGGAGUGAAAUGAUUCAAGAGGCUGCUGAAGUGUUUUGCUAUAUGUCUAGCAACAAAUGCACCCUCCACUUGUCCUCAUUCAUCACGCUGAUCAAGGGAAUUUGUGUAACGGGAAAUGUUGGUAGAGCAGUCAAGCUGUUAUCAUCAGCUUACGAUUCUGGUACUUCUUGUUCCUCUGCAACGUACAAUGCUAUAAUGCUUGGUUUGUCCAAGUCUGGAAAGGCAAAUGAUAUCUUAGUAGUGCUAUCAAGAAUGCUGGUAGAGGGUUGUACUCUUGAUGGGGAAACAUAUGGUAUCCUCAUAGAAAUCAUGAUUGCUCUUGGUCGCACCAACGAUUGUGUUUUGUUUUUCAAUUUAAUGGCUAGUGAGGGUUUAUAUCCUGACUCGGAAACACUAGCUAAUAUACUAUCAUGCUUGUCCAAGCGCUCUCAGCUGCAUAUGAUUUUGCUGGCAAUAGAUAAGCUUGUUCUAAAUAAUGAAAUCCUUAAUUCAGAAAUAUACAACAUACUGAUUAAUGGUCUUUGGAAAGAGGGAUACAAAAGCGAGUCUGGUCGAUUAUUAGAUGUGAUGUUGGAGAAGGGUUGGGUUCCGGAUGCUCCUACUCAUGGAUUGCUGAUGGGGUCUGUUGUUAGAGACGAAGCAGAAUGCAAGUUGGGGGCCUAUGAAGAUAUUAACAUCCAAGAUACGAUUAGCAACAUACUUGCUGAGGGAUUGGGUGAGACUUAA